AUUUUGAAUUCCGUCCAGGCUUGGAACCGGUCUGUUAACGAGAGAAACUGUAGAUGGACAUUCGUUUGAUCCCCAUGCUCGCCCUGCUGUACCUUCUUUCGUUUCUUGAUCGCGGUAAUAUUGGUAACGCCAAGAUCGAAGGGUUGCAGGAAGAUCUGGGCAUGUCGCCAGACCAAUACAAUUGGUGCCUUACGAUAUUCUUCUUCAGCUAUGCGGCGUUUGAGGUUCCCAGCAAUCUGCUUCUGAAAAAGCUUCGGCCGAGUCGGUGGUUACCGUUCAUUAUGGUGGCUUGGGGGACUGUUAUGACGCUUAUGGGUAUAGUCCAGAAUUACCGCGGGUUAAUGGCAGCGCGAUUCUUCCUCGGGGUCGCAGAAGCAGGACUAUACCCUGGAUGUGCUUACUAUCUCACCAUGUGGUAUUGCCGCCAUGAGAUCCAGCUACGCCAGGCCAUGUUUUUCUCGGCCGCCUCCAUCGCUGGUGCCUUCAGUGGACUUCUGGCGUUUGCGAUUUCCAAGAUGGAUGGCGUAGGCGGGCUCCAAGGAUGGCGGUGGAUUUUUAUUCUCGAAGGGAUAGCCACCGUUAUCGCCGCUGUGCUCGCGUUCUUCGUCUUGCACGACUUCCCCGAAAUCGCAACCUUUCUUUCCGAGGAAGAGAGAGCUUUUGUUGUUUAUCGACUCAAGUACGGACAAGACAAGAAGGGGAAAGACGAAGGCCGGAGACAGGUCGCAGAAGCUGAUGAGUUUGAUUGGAAGUACAUCUGGCAAGCCUUCAGCGAUUGGCAGAUAUGGCUUAACAUCGUUGUUUACUGGGGUAUCGUCUGUCCCCUAUACGGGAUCAGCCUGUUCCUCCCAACGAUCGUCAAAAACUUGGGCUACUCCUCAAGCACCGCCCAACUCAUGACAGUCCCUAUCUACAUCACGGCGGCCAUUCUGGCGGUUGUGGUUGCGUACAUAUCUGAUCGGAUAGGCAAACGAAGCCCGUUCGUCAUCUCUUUCCUCUGCAUGAUGGUUGUUGGAUUCGCCAUGUGCAUAUCAACUUCCAAUCCCCGAGUCGUAUACGGAGGUGUCUUCAUCACUGCAUGUGCCAUCUAUCCCGCCUUCCCCGGUAACAUUGCCUGGCUAAGUAACAAUCUCGCCGGAAGCUACAAGCGUAGUGCCGGGAUGGCCAUUCAAAUCGGCAUUGGGAACCUAGGUGGAGCGAUGGCAUCCAACUUUUAUCGACAGAACGACUCACCACGCUAUGUACUAGGACACGGACUUGAACUCGGGUUCAUCAGCGCUGGGAUAGUCGCAGCUUUUGUGCUAAUCAUCAGCUACUCGUCCAUCAACAAGAAGCGAGAGAGGGCGAUACAAGAGAGUGGACACAUCCAUUUCACCGAGGACGACCUUGCGGCGAGGGGCGACAAGGCGGUUACAUUCAGAUACAUGUACUAAUAGCUGGCUGGUGCUUCGUCGGGACCUGAUAUAGAUUAAGAGGGCAGUUUAUUCCAGCGGAGUUGUAGAAGCUAAAGACACUUGGAUUUGUUUAUUAACCGGGGAAAGAGGCUGCUUUUGUCCACAGGGGCGUGUCGUGCAUUCGCAUCCUCAGGGCUUGAUACUUCCCUUUUGGGAACGUGGAAAGGGUUGUUGUACUGUUGGAGAACAUUUUGCCCAUGGCUAUUAGAAUAGACGUAUAUGAAGUCCUUGCCGCCAUAGAUGAGUAAUAGUUGGAAUG